GCCUCCGCCGCCGUCGUGGUGGGGCGAGCAGUGUAUCCGUGACGUCAUAUAAUUAGAGUAAAUACAAAGUAGUCUUGAUGGGACAGCGGCGUGCGCCGCACCGUGAGUCGCUGGUCCGAGCGUGUCAAACUUGUAUCGUUUUGAUAUACGCACACCGCGUUCUCUUGCUAGGCGGUGCUUGCUUCAGCCACGGCCCUUACACAUUUUACAAGGCAGUAAGGAUAAGUAACGGUCGUGUCCUUCGUCUCGGUAGUUUCUUCCUGACGAAAUUGUGGAGCGAUGCCGAUCUCGUCAGCAUCGGCGAACUUCAGCUACUGUGGAUGGACAGUCGUGGACCGAAUCAGCCUUUGGCGUCUUUGCGACUUUAUUUCUUACCUGAAAACACGCCGGAUGGAAGGAGGGACACGCACGGAGAGGACGAGGUGCUGACGAUUUCAGAAAAAGUAGUCGUCCGCGUGCACGACCUAGUCACAUGGCUUUCACCUACGUUAGAAUGGUCGUGGGGACGGGAAGUGUCCUAUCCAACGACCCCGACGUCGUCCCCGGAGACUAGUCCACUUAGAUACGAGAUGCCGCAGCCACAGGUGCUGACGGAUCCGGGGAUCGAUUUCUCGGACGUCGAGAAACAGCAGAAGGAAUACGAAAGCAAUCUGAAUUCUUUGAAAAGAUCGGACAGCUUCCAAACGAAGGUGGUGGUACUCUCAUAUCCUAGAUAUUGCCGCUAUAGGGCACUUCUACGUAGACUCGAAGGUGCCGAGCCUUCCUGGCUGUGCUCGUCCAUCGCGGCCGCGUUAGGGGGUUUCACCGCGACACCAGGCACCAAGGUGCUCUUCUGCAGAGACACAUUUGACUAUCCGGAUCUCGAGACUCAUGAGCUGCUGUGUAAUCACUUGGCGCCGAAAUUAAAAGGUAGACCACGAAGAAAACGUAAAAAGCGCAGCGCUUCGCCGGGCGAAUCCUCGAACGAGAGCGAAGCUUCAGUGGCGUCGACGUCGAAGAGUACGUCGGCGAUCACCAGUCUGGUGAUACCCACGGUCGGAAGACCGCCCUUGUCCGGGAUACGGCGGAGCGAAAGGAAGACCAGCGCGGAAGAAAAGAAAUUCAUCACCGACGUGCAGAGUUUUAUGAACUCUCGGGGUACGCCGGUCGGAAAGAUGCCACUGCUGGGCUACAGGCAGAUCGAUCUGUUCCUGUUCUAUACAAAAGUGCAAAUGCUUGGUGGUUAUGACUCCGUCAGUGCUGGGCGUCUUUGGAAGACCAUAUACGAUGACAUCGGUGGUAACACGGGUUCUACUAGCGCAGCGACUAUUACACGUAGACACUACGAAAGAUUAUUAUUACCUUACGAAAGGUAUCAGCGAGGCGAAGAAACAAAAGUGAGACUGAACCUCGGACGACGUACCAAGAGUAUGAGUGCAUCCGAAGAUUUAGACAUCAAGGAGGAAUCGAGCGAGCUCUAUAUGUCGGAGACACCUCCACCAAUAGAUGUAAUUCCUGCGACCACAACAUCACCCUUACAACCAAUAAUGUCAGCAACAACAACGACUUUACUCUUGAGUGAGAAACCCAAAGCCGAAACUGGCAAGACAUCCUCGUUACGUAGCGUGCGAGUGAAGCCGGAACGCCUGAAAUCUUUGAAUACAAUAAUCGCCAAUAAUGCGACACCUUCCAGCCAGCAAGCUAGCCAACUGCCAAGUCCACCGCCAUCCUCCAAUACAUCUAUCUCGACGCCCAAUAGCACACCCUCCACAACACCGACGAAUGGUACCAGUAACAAUCAGAGUGUCUUGGAGAGGCAGCUCAACAGUCCUUUGAUAUCCCAACAAGUUCCACCAUCGUGUUCGCCACCAGGCUUGCCUGUGACUAGUGUAGCGGCAAACGUGUCGACGGUUGUCACUCUAACGCCUCCACCUGAGAAGGAUAUGAAGGAGAUCAAGUUGGAUCCCAAGCAAACAACUUUGCUGGCACAAGGCAAGGAAAAUAUACCACUAUUCGGCGGCGAGAAAUUCGCGGAAAAGACGAUAAUGCCACCAGUCUCCAGAUCACCUGAAGUGAUUGACCUUGAAAAUGAGAAUGACACGAGUCGAGACAAAAUAAUCAUUCCCAGCUUUAAGAAACGUAAACUCGAGAUUUUGCGUGAAGGCGGUCUCGAAGUUACCGCCGUCGAUCUGGACGUGCGACCGAGCGUAAUUCAAAGCUGUGUUGGUAUGUCGCCGCAACAACAUCAACAGCAGCAAUCGCCAUCAUCCUUGCCUGCUACAAUGAAGUCUACUGAAGAGAAGCAACCAUCGAUCUCGCCGUAUCCACUUCCAGUUACGCCCAACUCCAUUCCUAAAUUGAUAUCCGUCACUGUGACACCCGACAUAGGACAUAUGUUACCGUCGCCGCAUGAGCAUCAAAAUCAUCCGCCGCGAAUACCAACGAUUAAACAAUUACCAGUUCAUCACAACAAUAAUAAUAUUAGCAUGAUGAAUAACAAUAAUAUGAUAAACAGUCGAAUAAUAAAUCUCGGUAGCUCGAACAAUACCGCGCUAUUGCAACUGUAUGCGAAUGCGAACGUCGUACCAUCAACCAUUUCGUCUGUGCAACAAUCAAGCCAUCGUUUCGUUCCACCAAAUAUUCCAAAUGGCAGGUUAUUACUACCAAAGGUGACACAAUCAAGGUCAAUAUUUAUGCACAAUGAAAGGACAGUUUAUGGAAAUCCCAAAGAUAUUUUGAACUCUCCUCCAAAAUAUCACUCGCCGCAUCCGCAUCAACAACAGCAGCAACAACGCUCGCAGCAACAUUCACAAAUGAGCUCCAGCAACGACAUCGGACAAGGAGGUGUUCUCGAUCUGACGCAAAAGAACGAGAAACCGACGUUCCCUAGGCCCAGUCUAGAAAUAGUCAGAGUACCUGUAGUGCAGAGGCCUAAUCCAUUAAAUCUGGACGUGCGGAAUUCACCCGUAGCUAAGGACAAAUUGUCGGAGAGAUCUGUCGUCGACUGUCCAAAGCGAAUACCUUUCCCUGCCUACCAAAAUGUAAUUGACAGUCGAACUAUCGCGUCGAAUAACCUCGAGAUUACGCUAGUGAAUCCCAAGCACAAAAACAAUCAUCACGUCAUACCGUCUCAUGUUCAAAUACCGAGUCCACCUAAUAAAAAUGCGAUAGGAACGAUAAGUAGCGUGCAAAUGAGACAGCAACAAUCGCAGCAACAAGUGAACGGAAAGUAUACGGUGAGAAAUGAGCCUAUUUCGCCGUACACACCAAGGAAGCCAAGUCAUCCCAUCAUACCAAACGUACCCAAUCUGAAUCAUUUGAAUCAUAGUGGAAGUUCAUUUCCUAGAAUUCAGGCAACGACAUUGCAACCACAACAACAAAUGAGCAUUGAUAGAAGGAAAGCGGCUGCGGAGGCCGGUAGGGAUCAUCAACAUCGUAGGAUUAGUGAAGGCGAGAAAUCAUCAUCUUUGGCAGCGCAACAGCAGCAGCAGCAGCAGCAACAUCAUCAUCAUCAUCAUCAGGAAUCCAGGCAAAACGAGGCUGUGCGGCGACACAGUCUAUCCAGCAUACCAUCGGGAUUCGUACCGACGGUACCGCAAAAUAAUUCUGCUCCCUUUCCUCUGCCACAAUUGCCAAACGCGUCCGGCAAGUUCCUACCAAUUCUGGACCCCAUGUACUACUCCACGUUCUAUAACGGUUUGUUCCCACCGCCGAUUCCGCCCACGGCCACCGCAACUGCUGCCACCGCGUCGUCGUUUUUACCGCCGGAAUUUAACGCAUAUUACAAGGAAUUACUUGCUUCCUCGCAACCAAGACUGACGGGGAUGACGGGGCAGUCGCCGCAUCAACAGCCGGCCGCUCCAACGUCUAAAUAGACAAUGGGAUCUCAACAUUUAGGGUUUCCGGCAUAGCGAAAGACGCUUUGAUUACUAGAGAGACAAGGAUCCGUCGGACUUCUUUGCUGUCGAAAUGUAUAUCAGCAAAUGACGCGAUAUAAUGAUGAGAGUGAUGCGAUUUGUUCAAAUUAUAUGUUCAGUUAUGUUGUUUUUAUUCGAUUAAAGCAACAAGACGAAAUUAUUCACAGUGUUUAUUCAUGAUAGAACAAAGAUAAUUCCGCAAGGUCUCGCGCAAAGGUAAAAUGAAGUAUCGGUCACACUAAGUUUAGAUGUUAUAAUGAAAACGAAAAUAUGUAUUCAAAUUAUGAUAUAUUUCAUAUCAUUACAGUUACAAAUAUUUCAAUUACACAUUUGGUGAAAUGCAAUAAUAUGUGGGCCUUGUUAUG